UGCUGGUGACGAACGGACGAUGCGAGUGGUUCACGACUGCACGAAAUUAUUCAUUUUAUCGUAACCGCGAUACAGUAGGAAAAACGAAAAUCGUGUCGGAUCAGUUUGCGGUUUUAGCGACAAUCGCGCGGUAUAUUGUUAUUUAUUAUUUAGUAUAUGACGUAAUGCGACAGCGAUUUUUUUCCGUUUUCCGACUGUCGUACGUGUAAUAUAAUACAAUACUGUUUUAUCGUUAAACCGUAACAUACAUAUUUUUGUUCGCGCGAUUGUCGUCUGGAGCAGUUUUUUUUUUUCGUGAAAUACGUCCGACUGCCGGAUCUUCAUGAAUUCUCCGUCGAACGCCUAUUGUCUUUAGAGGUGCGUAAUUGAACGUGGUUCGUUUAUUCGUCAGCACCGCAAUAUACGAGAAACGUCACGAUAUCGUUAUAAUACGCACGUCUAUGCGCCUCUACUGACAUCACUUAUAGUUAUACGACUCUCGAUCAGUGUUAUAAGUCUGGAGCAAAUUGAAACCAUAAUAUAAUGGGACAAUUUCCCUUGCCGCACGCAGUUACCGACGUACGAUGUGGGAACGAAUUAGAAUAUAAUGACCUCGUAGAAACAAAAGUCAAGUAUGGCAAAAGGGCGACUAUCGCUCAGCUACUGGCUACAAUUGUUCAGAGUUUAUUAUUGGUAAACGUUGGAAUGGAGUUGGCGAUGGCUACAGUGGUAAUCGGUUCACUUUACAAAAAUCCAAAUGCCGAAUUUCUCCUGUCUGAUACCGAGUCUUCUUGGUACGGGAGUAUACUCUAUUUGUGUCAACCGAUCGGAAGUUGUCUGUCCGGGUACGCACAAAAGCGCUUCGGAAAGAAGUCUUGCGUGGUUUUGGCUUGCGUUCCCAGCAUCUUCGGCUGGAUGCUACUGUGGUACGCAAACUCGGUUACCAUGUUGUACUGGUCGACCAUAACGAUGGGCAUGGGUUUGGGUUUCACCGAUGGCCCGGCGUACUCGUACAUCGGAGAGAUUUGCGAACCGAGACUCCGGGGAAUCAUGUCCUGCGUGAUAAACAUGGCGUGCCUGAUCGGCGUCUUGUCCAGUUACGGGCUGAGUUACGUUUUCCAAUGGAAAACCGUGGCCGUGGUGAGCGCCCUGUGUCCGAUCAUGUGUCUGAUCCUCGUGACGUUUAUACCGGAAAGUCCGAUUUGGUUGCUGUCCAAAGGCAAAAACGAAAAGGCCAUGAAAGCCAUUUGUUGGCUGAGAGGAUGGGUAGAUCCUCACGUCGUUUCCACCGAGUACCAAGAACUGAUGUUUUACUACAAGACGUCACUCGACAAAUCGAAGACGAUAAGAGAUUCGAAAGGCGUGUUUUCGUCGUUUUUAUGGGUCAAGAGUCCUUCGGUGUACCGACCACUACGGUUGGUCACCAUUUACUAUAUAUUCACGUUGAUUUCGUGUCUGACGCCCUGCCGCCCUUAUAUCGUUAAGUUAAUGUACGAAUCGGGAGUGAAAGAUACCCACAGUAUAGCUUUAGUGCUUUAUGGAUUUAUGCAAUUGGCUGGAAGCAUAGGACUCACCUUAACAGUGCGGAAACUAGGAAAGCGAAUGUUGACUUUAUCAACGUUGGGCAUAAACACAAUGGCAAUAUUCUUGUUCGCUGUGUACUUUGUGUGUAUUAAAAACAAACUGAUUAAUUCCGAAGCCUAUGUACCAAUGAUUCUCUACUCAAUCAUCAUGUUCUCUGGAGCAAUGGGCAUGCUGACUGUGCCGUGGACGUUGGUCAGCGAGAUAUAUCCUAAUGAAGCCAAAAGUUUUGCUUCAAGCCUGACGACAGCAAUUUACUACAUCCUUACGUUUUCGGCGACCAAAGUAUAUUUAAGUGUCGAAACUACUCUGGGCCUGAAUAACACCUUUUUCAUGAUGGCGGGUUCCAGUUUUGUUGGGUUUUUAUACCUCUAUAGAAAUAUGCCGGAGACCGAGAACAAAACAUUUAUGGAAAUUGAAGAAUUUUUCGUACCCCAAAACGAACAAACUUCUUCUGAGGUAUCACCAGGACCCCGAGCCGUAUGAUAAAUUCUAUUUUUUUGUUUUUUAUUAUUGUGUACAUAAACGGUUAGUAUUAUAAAGUUACCUAGAACGAUGUAUGUACAAAUUUGAAUUAUUAGAUAUUAAUUUUAUUGUGCAAUUAUUAUCGUAUGUGACGGUUUCAUGAGAUUUGAAUUGUUAUACUAUAAAAACAUCAGAUUCUAUAAAUUUAUGUUUAAUGUAUUCAGUAAUAUACGAGAAGCACAAUAAUGAA